AUGUCCCAGCAGUUAGUGCCGUGGGUGGAGAAGUACCGCCCAAAGUCGAUGGAAGACAUUGUCGGCAACGCCGAUGCCGUUUCGCGCCUGCGGGUGAUAUCGAAGGAGGGAAAUCUCCCGAAUCUGCUGUUGUGCGGCCCGCCAGGGACCGGCAAGACCACGAGUGUGCUUUGCCUCGCCCGCACGCUGCUCAGCGACCAGGACGGCGGCGACACGACCGCCCUCAAGGAGGCAGUGCUGGAGCUUAACGCCAGCGACGACCGUGGACUGGACGUGGUGCGGGAGAAGAUAAAACUGUUUGCGCAGACGAAGAAGACGCUGCCGCAGAAGGUGAACGAAAGCAGCCAGCAGAAAAUAAAUCUCCACAAAAUUGUCAUUUUGGACGAGGCGGACAGCAUGACGCCGGCGGCCCAACAGGCCUUGCGCCGCACCAUGGAGCUUCACUCCAGCACCACACGCUUUGCUUUUGCCUGCAACAACAGUCAUAAAAUAAUUGAGCCCAUUCAGUCUCGAUGCGCUGUGGUGCGCUUCAAGAAGCUUACGCAUGCGGACAUAUUGAAGCGGCUCACGUACAUUAUUCAGCAGGAGAACGUCACUUACACCGAUGACGGGUUAGAGGCUUUGCUGUACUUGGCAGAGGGCGACCUUCGUUCCGCUGUGAAUGCCCUUCAGGCAACGCACUCGGGCUAUGGCAUGGUGAACGCGGAGAAUGUCUUUAAAGUUUGCGAUCAGCCGCAUCCCCUGCUCGUGGAGAGCAUUAUGGAUGGCUGUCUCCAGAAGAAGGAUUUGCCGAGUGCACACAAGGAGCUGCAGCGGCUUUUAGGCCGUGGCUACGCGGCUUCAGAUGUCAUCUCCACCUUUUUCAGGACGGCACAGAAUCCGAAGUUGUUCCGCAACGAGCAGCAGCAACUGGCAGUGCUGCGCAUCAUUGGGGAGACAACCAUGCGGAUUGCGGAGGGCGUUGGCACACCGCUGCAGCUUGCCUCGAUGCUGGCUCGAAUCACAAUGGUCAACACGGACUGA